CUCCCUGCUCCAUCACUUCCACCUCUUUCCCUCUUCUUUCUCCUAAGCAGCAGCAGCCGCUCGCUCCCAAAACCCGCUUUUACCCAGCAAACUGUGGUUGCAGUUUUUUUUCUACUUCGCAGCUGUUUGCGGAAUCUGCUCUGAAUGGCGCUGCGCGCUGCGCUCCUCUGCGCUCUGAUCGGCGCUCUGCUUGGUCAAGGAGCAGAAGACAUUCCGAUCGAUGACUGCUGCAAAGAUGGGCAGAAGCACGGAAAUGAAAACAAAGACUGCGCUUCACUUCCUCUUAUUUCUGCAUCAAUCACAUGCAGGAUAGUGCAGGAGCAGUGCUGCACAGCGGCGCUGGAGGACAACAUGUGCAGGACUGGAAUCAACCUGGCUAAAGAUCAGGGAGUCUGUGACUCCUUAUUCAACAACACCUGUGAGACCAAGACUACAAAGAUGUGCUGCGACUGUUGUCUUCUGGGAAAGGUCAUGAAAGAAAUGAGCUUACCCUGCGACAAAAACCUCCCUGUGAGCCACCAGUGCAGCGUGGUGUCCCAGACCUGCUGCUUGGAAGAAGCAUCAGGAAGCAAAAAUCCUGUGGAUCCUAAAUCGCUAAAUAUGGAUGAAAGCAGCAGCAAUGGAGAUAAUUCAGUGCUGAGCGGUGAAUGUGAAGGGAAGUGUGCUCAUCUGUGUUUGAAGAACAACACUUGUGCCUGUGUGAAGGGCUACAGACUCAACUCUGACGGAAAGAACUGUGAUGACAUCAACGAGUGUUUGAUGGGUCUCAGCGACUGCCGGGCCGGCGAGCGCUGCAUCAACACCGAAGGCUCGUUCCGGUGCCAGAGAGAGGUCAGCUGUGGGACCGGCUAUGAACUCACCGACAGCAACAACUGCAAAGAUAUUGAUGAGUGUGAGACUGGCAUCCACAACUGCGGGCCGCAGUUCAACUGCCAGAACACCCAGGGCUCGUUCCGCUGCGUCCCCAAGGCUAAGUGUGACAAUGGUUUCAUUCAGGACGCCCUUGGAAACUGCAUAGAUAUCAAUGAAUGUGUGACCCUGACAAACCCAUGUCAUCGGGGCCAGAUCUGCGUCAACUCUUUGGGCUCGUACUCCUGUCAGAGAAAUUCGGUGAACUGCGGUCGAGGAUAUCACCUAAGUGAAGACGGGUCACGCUGUGUUGACAUUGAUGAGUGUAAAGGCUCUGAAGAAGUGUGUCCAGGCCACGCUUGUAUCAACCAAGUGGGCUCCUACCGCUGUGAAUGCGCAACAGGCUACAACUUCAACAGCAUCUCUCGGACCUGUGAAGAUGUUAAUGAGUGCAGGUACUAUCCUGGCCGCUUGUGCGCUCACAAAUGUGAAAACACUCUUGGGUCAUACAAGUGUAGCUGCACCUCCGGCUUCAAGCUGGCCAAUGAUGGCAGGAAUUGUGAUGAUGUGAACGAGUGUGAGACAAAUCCCUGCAGUCAAGAGUGCGCCAAUGUGUACGGCUCCUAUCAGUGCUAUUGUCGCCGUGGCUACCAGCUCAGUGACAUAGAUGGCCUAACGUGCGAAGACAUAGACGAGUGUGCCUUACCCACUGGAGGCCAUAUUUGCACCUAUCGCUGUCGCAACACUCCUGGCAGCUUUACCUGCAUAUGUCCUGCUGAAGGUUACACCUUAGCAACAAAUGGGCGCAGCUGUCAGGAUAUCGACGAAUGUGCAGCAGGAAGUCACACAUGCACGGCGAAUGAGAGCUGCUUCAAUAUUCAGGGGGGAUUUCGAUGCCUCUCUUUCGACUGUCCGAAUAACUACAAGCGUGUGGGGGAGACAUCGGCGAGGAUUCAAGGCUCUGACACCAUUCGCUGCUCGAAAUCCUGCCAGCCCAACGACAUCGCGUGUGUUCUGGAUCCCAUUCACUCGGUGUCCCAUACCUUCAUUUCACUGCCUACCUUCAGGGAGUUUGUAAAACCAGAGGAGAUCGUUUUUCUGAGAACCACAGUUCCAGUUUACAGUUCCUAUCAGUUUGGUGGAUACGAUGUCAGAUUCGACAUCCUGGAGGGUAACGUGGAGAAUGCCUUUGACAUCAUCAAACGAGUGGAGAGUGGACGGUUCCUGGGUGUUGUUCGCCAAGUGAAGCCUUUGGUCGGUCCAGUGGAAACUGUACUAAAACUGUCCAUGCGGAACCUGUCUUCUCACGGUGACGGUGGUCAAAACAUCAUCAACGUUCACGUUUUUGUGUCAGCAUUCUGGUUUUAGGAGAUCUCUCCAGAAUUAACUGAAGAGAUUGAGAAUUGGACUUGAGUUGCACGUAGGUCUUACAGGCAGAGACAUUAAACGUGACUUAGGACUUGAUGGUACACGUGAACAAAAUCCAUUUGUUUGUUUUUUUUAUUUUACAUCUAGGACAGCACUGCCGGGUCUUCAGAUAAAAGCAUUCUUUACAACAAUUUUACACCAAGAAUACAGAAACACAAACUUCCUAUUCAUGUGUAACCAAAAAUUGUGUUUUAAAACUCAAGACUUAAGUUGAAAUUAAAGCUAAUGACUUAAGAAUUGACUUGGACUUGUCCCCAAAAACUCUAGACUUGACUUGCAAAAUGGGACUGGAGAGAGUUUUUACAAAAAACACAAUGCACGUCAAUGUUGAGUUAUUGCUAUUAUUUUGGAAAUUUUACUUGUGGUUGUUAAGUUUAAGGGAUUAUUUCUGAUUAGAGUUGUAAACUUUAUUUUUAUUAAAAAUUCAGAGGAUGUUGGUCAAUUUAGGAAAACAAAUAGUUAAUGCUAUUAUUAAAUAUCUUAAACGUUCAGACCUUUUUACAUUAUUUUACAUUAUUUUGCAUAUAGUGGCAUCAACACAUGAGGGUUUUUUGUAAGCAUUUCUCUCAUAAAGAUGUUGUCUUUGCUGCUAAAAAGUCCAUCUUUCUUUCAAUGUACAUUCUGUGUAUUAAAGAAUUGCUCCUAUAAUAUAAACACAACAUUAUUUAGAACACUUGUCAUUUGCAUGUAGUCACUUAGUGUGUAAGUUAUCAUCAAUGCUCAUUAAAUUUGCAAAUGUCAUAA